CGAUUGAUUCAACGACCUUGCUACGUCCUUCUCUUGACACUUGGACACUGGCGUUGGUACUGAAGAGAAAAAUUUCUUCGCUGAUCGACGUCCGAAUCGGAAGCGCGUCCGUAUUCUGGAGGAUCUGCUAGAUUCAGUGAUUCAGUUGGUACGGAUUCCGGAGCCAGAAUCGUCCCGGGAACAGAAGGUCGGAGAACAGACUUUCGUAAGUGGUGUCGCGCUAGAUAACGCAGAUAUUGUGGUACUCCGCUGGUAGACGUAGAGAUUGGACGGUGUUGUAAUUGGUAGCGGCAAAGGUUCUACACCUACAUGUGCGGGGGACAAGUGUGUUUAUCGUCGUUACGCGUGAAGUUCUGUGGCCGACCUAAUUACGACUGAUUCUGGUUACGGAUGUAACGCAAAUGUGUGUGACCCAAUUCGGAAGGAUUUCAGAAAUCCUUACGAAUCAGUGACGGAAUUUUCCAUUGAUAUCACGCUUAAACGUAUGACAGAUAGUGUAAGGAUCUCCGAAUUUCUCUCAAUCUCACACAGAUUCGAAACGCCGUGAAAAAAAAAAUUAAUAACAUCUUAGUAACGAAGUGAGAGUAUAAUCAACGAGACCCGAAAAGGAGUAUGAAGAUGCUCCAUUCUCAAAAAGUGAACAAACGAAGAAACAGCACAAGCAUGUGAAUACUGAAACGACGAAAUAAAAUUCAUUGAAACCCAAAAUCGAAAUCUCCAUUUAACGAAAUUCAAACCAACCGAGCAAAAAGUGAGAUAUUUUAUUAAAAAUAGAAUCAAUCAGCGCCAGGCAAAAUUGGAAAUUGAAUCAACCGAAUUCGGCAAAAGUGAAACCUCAAGUGGAGGCAGCAAAUUCAAAAUUGUGCUUUCUAUCUGCGACUUCCCAUGCCUAUCUCGCUUCAAGAACGCAAGUGAUCUUGUGGCCGCCGCUUCCAGGAGGAGCUCACCUAGCGGGCAGAUUAUCACCCAAAGUCACACAGUUUAAUCUAAUUCAAACUUUUGUUAUCUGCUAUUGUUAAUAUUUCCACAUAAUGUUGCAUUGUACGACGCCAUCUGGGCCAUUGUGACGAUGAUGGUUCCAACGACUGCAUCGCUGCUGAUGACGUGACCCCCCGUGUGUGCUUGUGCUACGAUGAAUUGAAUUGAAAAAGUGCAAUGUUCUAAUCUCGAAGACGACCCCAUCGACGACACCGUUGAUCCAGAUUACGAAACAUCUCGCCGGAAAUCCGCAGACCAAGAGCGAUCCCUGCUUCUGCAGCCAUCGUCGUUGAGCACCGCCGCUGGAAAUCUGUUCGGUGCCUGGGUGCACAGCACUGUCGUCACAUUGACUGCAAUUCUUAUCGGAUUAUUUAUUGAGCUACGAUUCCAUGACGCCUGGCCCUUGUCCGUCUGGUGAAACUGUCUAGCUUCCAUGAGUACACCAGGCGAUCCGUCGGCAGCCGGUGGAGGACCUGACAGACCGUGUGGAAUCACUUCGCUAUUACCAAUUGGCAUGUCGUGCCGCGGCCGAGCAGAAGCCUUUGCCCGAAGUCUACAGUCACGUUUGCGAACACUCGGCGCACAGGGAAAUGCCGAAGAGGGCGCUCAGAUCGCCGACCAUCCACACGACAAUGAGAACACAUGGCUAUCACAGGACGAAGCGACGGCUGUAACUCGGUUGCAGCCCCUCCGCAUGCCCGCCAACGAAGCAGACGGUUUCUACGACUUUGGCUUGGAGAACGAGAGUCCCGGAUCACCGAUUGAAGAGUGCGAAUAUACCAGGCUUAUCGAGACGGCGACGGCUACUCCGGCCGAAGUUGCCCCCGAAUCAGGCUACGUGUGUGCAUCACCCUGUUCCACACCUCAGGUCAGUCCCGAGCACAGUCCAUCGAGUCAGAGUUCGUCCGACUGCCAAUUCUACGACCCGGAGAGCUCAGAUCCCGAGCAGAAAUCGACCAGUGGCUGUGAUUUUUACGACUGUACUACCUCUGACCCGUCUUCGGCGUCCAACAGGGCCCCAAGAGCUGUCGUAGCUCCCCCACAUAUAUCUACCUCGAACGCCGAAGGAACGGCAACGGUUACCGCAACAGCGACGAGACAAACCAGGCGCAAGUCUCAGAAUGGCCACUUGCCAAGUGGCCUAGGAGUGACAAACGUUGACAGUGAUAGUUGUUCAGAAUCGCUACCUCCUUCGCAAUCCACCGAAUCGCACGAUUCGACUUACACAGGACUGAGUUCGAACAAUUCGAACAGUACAUUGCAGGACGUCACAAUGGAGGCAGAGGACGAAGGCGAGGCGAAGCAGGAGAUGUCUCAAGGCAGUAGCGAGAGGAAGGACGAGCAAGGUGUGCAAGAUGACACAGAUCAUGGGAAAGUAUUAGCGAAUGGUCAUGCCAUAAUGCCAAAGGGUCAUACCCUAGUCCGUCAAGACGAUAUUAGUGAAAUCGAUGUUGAUGUGCUGCAGUUUGUCAAUGGAGAUGCGGAGGAUGAACCAGAAGACGAAUCACACAGCCCCAAAGUGGAAAUGGCCGAAGUGGAAAAAAUGCUACAGGACUGUAGUGUUGAACAGAAAUCUGAAGAAGAAAAGGAGGACCAUAGGCGAGGAGGCAUGUCGUCCGGGGAUGAAGACGAAGACUUUGUCAGGCCACAGCGAAUGCGAAGAUGUUCUUCGCUGAAAACGGGCAAGACUCCACCAGGCACUCCUGGGCGGAAAAAGUUCGUACGAUUUGCGGACGUACUUGGUCUCGAUCUGGCUGACGUGAAAACGUUUGUCGAUGAAGUUCCUAAAGUGCCGAAAUCGGCCUAUGAAGACCUUGAUUUUUGCCUUGAGCCUCCCGUGGUUCAACAGAUCAGUUUGGGGCCGAAAGCAGACCGAGUUUUGGUGCCGCUCUUCCAGCAACCGGGUGCCCUGCCAUGUUUCUUAGACAAGGUACGCGAGAAGCAAGUAAAUCUGGAAAAUGCGGCCGUGACUGAUCCAGUGACUCUAACCAUCACCGGAACCGUACGGGUCCGGAACUUAGAUUUCCAUAAGUCAGUUUACGUGCGAUACAGCACGGAUAGCUGGCGCAGCUUCUCGGACCUCCAGGCCAGUUAUGUAGAAAACUCCUGUGACGGUUUCUCCGACAAGUUUGCCUUCACCAUCUACGGAAACUCGGUUCAGAUAGGGCAGCGUAUUGAAAUGGCGAUACGCUUCCAUUGUCGGGGCCAACAGUUUUGGGACAAUAACUACGACAUGAACUACGUUUUCCAAUGCUUGCCAAUCACCCAACCGAACCAGGUCGCGCAAAUUGCGGUCAAACCGGCCAACAUGGACUCCCACAUCAGCCCGGACGAAGCAUGGUGCAAAAGCUUCUACUAAAUGGGUCCUUCCAUAUCCAGCUGCCCCCCAGAAACACCAAACCCCUCCCUCCGACCACAAAACUGAAACUUAUACAAUAAACAUGAAUGGACAGCCGCAAGCUGGAGGAAAGCGAUCGCAAGUUGCAUGAUUGUGAUCGUCAAACUGGUCCGAUGUGGAUAUAAAAGAAAAGCUUUACAUUUUAUUAUGAUCGGACGCAAAAAAUCUAGCAUGUGUAGUAUUAUUGAUUUUUCAUACAAACCCCUUCAGGGAUUAAAAAAUUUUCUUCUUUGAACAGAGAUUAGCUCAUGCAUUGGAUAAUGAUGGAUAAAAUCGUCCGUUUUAUUAGAGCUUCACUGGAAAAGUACGGUUAUUUUAGGUAAUCCAACUAAACCAGAGACUUGAAAAGUCUCCUAUUAUCUUGAGAUUAGAACAGCUCACAGUAGUGAGCUUAUUUUUUAUUUAGAUAACAAAUUAAAAAAAGAGAGAUCUGACAUCAUUAGUAGUGUGCCGUCGAGGACAAAAGAUCCCAAAUCAAGUUAUUUUAGUUGCAAUUGGCUAAAUUCUUUUAUCAAAACAGAUGAUAAUCAUGACCUACUAGCUUAGAUUUGUAAACCAAUUGUUAAGCUAAUCAAAAGCACACUAAUACUUCGGAUUAAAGUUGUAUGCGUGUUAGAAACCAGUCUAUAUUCAUUAACAGAAGCAGAUACUAGCAUACGUUGAAAAGCAUAACGAAUUGAAGAUGAACUAUGGACAUUGUUGUGUUUCUAAAAAUAUUUAUAUCAAUCCAACAAUGAACGUUAUUGCAUGCUCUCGAAAGACUAGUGCGUGAAAUUGUUUAUUUUUUUCUAAUUUUUACCAACGGGCAAAAAUUCUGCGUAGAAAACGAGAAUAGCAAGCAAAUGAUUGAGAAACUAGCUAAAACCGAUACAGAUAACAGACUAUAUCAUGAGCAAUUUUAACGCACCCAUUCAUAUGGAAACAAUAAAAAAAACAAAGCAAGAAACAAGAAAGCGGUACAGAGCUAACACCGAAACGAAACAGAUAUUCAUAGGAAAAGCAAACAAAAAAAAUCGGAAACAUAAAAACUGGUGUCUUAUGAAAGAGUUGAAAAUUGAACAAGAUAAAUUAGGAAUUACUAUAUUUGAGUUAAGUACAUACACACACAGACCCUAUGUAUAAUAUAGAAGUUUACCCAAAGAUUAGAAAAUAAAGAACUGUUUAAAAAUCGC